UUCAUAUCUUAAAUUUUAGAGAUUGGUUUUUAGAUGGUUUUGUAUCACACAAAAUUGGCUGGUCCUUAUUAUUUUAGUUUAGUUUACUUUUCAGUUCAGUUCAGUUCGAGUAACACAAACCAUACAUGGCCAUCUCCACAAAACAUGGAAGCAAGAAGGACUCAUCAGAUGCCACAACUCCUCUCCUUGAUGAUAGUAGCACUGAAGAUGAACUAAUCCGUGAUUAUGUUAAUUACACAGGCCAACCUUGCAAGCGAUCCGAAUCGGGAGGAUGGCAAUCAGCAGCCUUCAUUUCAGGUGCUGGAGGACUGGAGAGGUUUGCAUUUCGAGGUAUGGAAUGCAAUCUGAUAAAUUUUCUCACUGGACCUCUUGGAGAAUCCGUGGCGGUUGCAUCUGCAAAUGUAAAUAUUUGGAUGGCUUUAGGAUCCAUCAUGCCUGUUGUAAAUGGAAUUCUUGCUGAUUCAGUUCUUGGCCUGUACAGAACCAACAUCAUUACUUCAAUCAUUUACAUCUUGGGACUAGGCCUCUCAACAAUAUCAGUGGUAAUAAUUCCAUCUAACGAUGAACCCACCACAAACAACGCAGCGGUCCCAACAAUACUUCAAGUUUUGUUUUUCUUCUCAAUUUAUUUGGUGGCAUUAGCGCAAGGAUUUCAGUCCUCAAGUCAAGUGUUUGGAGCCGAUCAAUUUGAUAGAAACCAUCCACAAGAAAGCAAAGCCAUCAGCUCAUUUUUUAAUUGGUGGCUUUUUGGCUUGUCUGUUGGUGUUGUCUUGGCAAUUCUGAUGAUUCCAUAUAUUGAAGAAAACAUUAGUUGGGGAAUGGGUUUCGGAACCGUUUUGUUGGCUAUGGUAAUUGGAUUCAUUUUACUUGUGUUGGGUUAUAGGACAUACCGCUUUGCUCUUGUCCACCGUGACCAGAAAAGCCCUAUUGAUGAUGCCAUUUAUUCAACCUCACAAGAACUGGAUCAAGAGUCUUUGAGGUCCCUUCCAGAAGGGAAGUUCCAAAAUCACAAGAAAAAUUUGGAGACAAAGAAGGCUUUAGGGUUGCUCCCCAUUUGGUGUACCACAGUGAUGUAUACCUUAGCAUGGGCUCAAGCUCCUACAUUAUUCACCAAGCAAGCAAACACAGUGGACAGAUCAAUAGGCCAAUCAUUCGAAAUACCAUCAGCCUCACUUCGGAUUUUCAUCCCAUUGACAACAAUGUGCUUCACUCCCAUCUAUGACCGUGUUUUUGUCGCGAUUGGGAGGAAGAUUACAGGAAAUCCCACUGGAAUCACAGAGUUCCAGAGAAUAAAAAUGGGUAUGACAAUAUCCAUCGUUGACAUGGUUGUGGCAGCUCUGAUCGAAAAGAAAAGACUAGAAAUCGCUCGCGAUCACAGUCUAGUGGACAUCCCGAAUGCAAUGGUGCCUAUGAGUUUUUGGUGGCUGGUACCACAAAAUGUGUUGUGCUCAUUUGCAUAUGUUUUCACCUUUGUUGGGAUGCAGAAAUUUUUCUAUGAUCAAGUUCCUGAUGAAUUGAGAAGCAUAGGCCUAUCCCUUUCUUUUGGUGCACUUGGGGCAGGGAAUUUCUUGAGUAGUUUUCUGAUUUAUGGACUUGAUAGAGCUACAAGUGUGGGUGGGAGGUACAGUUGGUUUUGUGAUAAUUUGAGUAGAGCCCAUCUUGAUUACUUCUAUUGGGUUGUGGCUGGACUAGGAUUUCUUGGGUUAGUUGGCUUUGCGUUACUUGAGAAAUCUUUCUCUAAGGAAAAUGUUGCUAAAAAGAAUACACCUCAACCAGAUAGCAUUUGAUUGACCACUUUCUGCUACGUCAUCCUUGAAUCCUUUACUAGAAUUUGUGUAAUUCGGCUGAAAAGACAGCUUGUAUAUUUUAAUUUAUCGGAACACCUUGUAGUAUUAUUUUCGUAUUCAUCAAAAUGUGAAACGGUGGGUUUGAUAUAUAUUAAAGGUAAAUUCAAAAGUUAAAGAAAUAUUGAAGAAACAUAUCUAGAAGUUUCAAACUUCCAUGAAUUUGAGAAUUGCAAGGCAAGGAGGAAAAAAGCACUACAAUAAUCUCCUCACAUAAAUUUAAAUGAUUAUACUCUCUCUGUUUCAAAAAAAAAAAUUAAAUAUCAAAAUUCGAUAUAAAUUAAUUUUUUAUUUUGGAGACAGAGCGAGUAAGAAGACACAAUAGAAAUUAAGAGUGAGAAAAAAGUCCCACCAUUUCUGGGCGAGGCUUGCACUUUGCAAGAAGUGGUGUACCUCUGGGAAUAUUGAGCCCUGGACCUUCACUUAAGUCCAGCAACUCUUCGGAAAUUCUGGUCCAUUCAAAGCACUGAACAAGCAAGCCCAGAGUCAGCCCAAUAACUCGUCUAGCAGAUGGCUCACCCGGGCAUCCCCUUCUCCCAUAGCUAAAUGGCAAGAAAUUGAACCCAAAACCUUCUUUGUCAUCAACAUUUAAGAACCUUUCGGGCUUAAAUUUUGUUGGCUCUUCCCAGAAUUUGGGAUCGUUUUGCAUGGCUCGAACAUUCACGAAUAGUAUCGUGCCACGUGGGAUGUGGUAGCCUCCGACCGUGCAAUCCUUAGAUGCUUCGUGGUGGCCGAUGAGUGCCGCUGCCGGAUACAUACGAAGUGUUUCGGAGAUGAUCGCUUGAAUGUAAGGGAGAUGGUUGAGGUCAGAGUCAUCAAUCAGCCUAUUUGAUUUGCCAAUUCGGUUUUGAAUCUCUUCAUGGGCUUUUCUAAGUGUAGAUGCACGAUUAAGCAUAAGCGAAAGAGCCCAUUCCAUUGUUAUAGCUGUUGUUUCAGUUCCACCAAUCAACAUUACCUGCAACAUAUUUUCAGCUCAAAGUAGUUAUAUUAGUAUCAGACUUGCUUGGACAUUUCUUUUUGUUUCUAACCCGAAUGGCAUAAAGCUCGAAAUCAUCAUCUAUCUAGUACUUUUAUUUAUUUGACUUAAAAAAUAAAUUCUAAGCACACAAAUGUUGUCCUAUAAUUAUAAGUUUUAAAAAAAUAAUUAAUUGGGAAUAUCAUUUGUCAGGACAUAGGCAUGAAGCUCAAUGAUAUCAAGCCAGGUAAAAUUUUUAAAAUUUUUCUUCCUUAUCAAAACUAAAACUUAUCUUUUUUUUUUUUAAACGCCGGGAACCCCAUUAGAGAUGGGUAAACCCACGCCCACUGCAAUAGCCUGCAAACUACUGUGGGAGGUAAACUACCCAAGACAAGCCGGGGGUGACAAACUCGGAUGCGAAAUUAAGAGUUCAUUAGUGGAUUAGUCAUAACAAGCCCCUAGAGGUGUUAAUAGGCAAAGUAAGAGCCAACCCCUAACUUUUCUGUUGAAAGUAGGGGAUUGAACUCAUGACCUACUCUUCGAGCAAUGUGGUUUUACCACCGAACCAAGUCCUCAUUCGCACUUAUCUUAAAUGUUACUUUCUUAAAUUAUUUAUAUCAUUACUUUCAUUAAUACUAAACGCAAAAAAAAAAAAAAAUAAUUAUCAACGACCUAGCAUGAUAUUUUUGGGCAUGACAAGGCUUUCAUUAGGACAGAUCUGACAAAUCGUUUUCUCUAAUUAAUUAGUACUACCAUACAAAUGUCAAUUAAUCAUACAAAACAAAACUUAUUCAAAGUUGUGUUUUCAUGUAGACUUACCAGGAUCAUUCCUUUGAUGAUUUCAUCUUUAUAAAACUCC